AUAUAACACGGCCGCCAUAACAUAACAGCAAGACGACCGUAGAGUCGUUGCUCUCCAAACUUUGCUCCACAGUUGAAACCUGGUUAUGACAGUCUUGCCCAACAGAGCCUCCCCUGUACUUUCCAAAGCUUUGGAGACCAAGCAAUGCCUUCUUCAAGGUUUCAACUCCUUCAAGCACCUCAAGCAUGCCCACGCUCGGCUUCUCCGCCUUGGCCUAGACCAAGACAACUAUCUUCUCAACAUGGUCUUGCGCUCCGGCUUCGAUUUUGGGCACGCCAGCUACUCUCGCCUCGUCUUCGACCAAACUACGCAACCCAAUAUAUUUCUUUGGAAUACCAUGAUUCGUGGCCUGGUUUCCGACGAUUGCUUCGACGAUGCUAUCGAAUUCUUUAUUUCUAUGCGAACAGAGGGGAUCUUGCCCAAUAGCUUCACCUUCCCUUUUGUUUUGAAAGCUUGUGCUAGGCGUUCGGAUUUUCCAUUGGGUUUGAACAUUCAUACCCUUGUGGUGAAAACGGGGUUCAAUUUUGAUGUUUAUGUUAAAACUAGUUUGCUGUGCUUGUAUGCUAAGUGCGGCUAUUUGGAACAUGCCCAUAAGGUUUUCGAUGAUAUUCCCGACAAGAAUGUGGUUUCUUGGACUGCCAUCAUUUGUGGGUACAUUGGAGCUGGUCAAUAUAGAGAAGCUAUUGAUACGUUUCGCAGGUUGCUGGAGAUGGGUUUGAGGCCUGAUAGUUUUAGCCUUGUUCGGGUUUUAUCUGCGUGCGGCAAGUUAGGGGAUUUAAGCAGUGGGGAGUGGAUAGAUAGAUACAUAACUGAGAUUGGCAUGGGAAAGAAUGUGUUUGUGGCCACCUCCUUAGUUGAUUUGUAUGCCAAGUGUGGACAGAUGGAAAAGGCGCGGGGUAUCUUCGAUGGAAUGCUUGAGAAGGAUAUAGUAUCUUGGAGUAGUAUGAUUCAGGGAUAUGCAUCAAAUGGACUUCCAAAAGAAGCCAUAGACCUCUUCUUUCAAAUGCAGAAGGAAAAUUUGAAACCUGAUUGUUAUGCCAUGGUUGGGGUGCUUUCUGCUUGUGCAAGAUUAGGAGCCCUGGAACUAGGGGAGUGGGCUGGCAGUUUGAUGGAUAAACAUGAAUUUUUUGUGAACCCUGUUCUUGGUACAGCUCUGAUUGACAUGUAUGCCAAAUGUGGGUGCAUGAUUCAAGCUUGGGAAGUCUUUAAAGGGAUGAAAAAAAGAGACCAUGUGGUUUGGAAUGCUGCAAUGUCUGGCCUUGCCAUGAAUGGACAUGUCAAAACUGUGUUUGGACUCUUCGGACAAGUUGAGAAAAAUGGAAUUCGACCUGAUGGGAACACAUUCAUGGGGUUGCUUUGUGGGUGUUCUCAUGCUGGUCUCGUUGACGAGGGUCGUAGGUAUUUCAAUAACAUGACUAGUGUCUUUUCUUUGGCUCAUACAAUUGAGCAUUAUGGAUGCAUGGUGGAUCUUCUUAGUCGUGCUGGCUUGUUGGAUGAAGCUUAUAACCUAAUCAAAACUAUGCCGAUGAAGGCUAAUUCAGUCGUUUGGGGAGCGUUGUUGGGUGGAUGCAGGCUACAUCGGCAAACCCAAUUGGCUGAACUCGUACUGAAACAACUCAUUGAGCUAGAACCAUGGAACUCAGCACACUAUGUUCUCCUGUCAAAUAUUUACUCUGCAAGCCAUAAAUGGGAUGAGGCAGCAGACACUAGGUCAAGAAUGAAUGAGCAAGGGAUGAAGAAAAUCCCCGGUUGUAGUUGGAUCGAAGUAAAUGGGGUUGUUCAAGAAUUCCUUGUCGGAGACAAGUCCCAUGCAUUGUCAGAGAAGAUAUACGCAAAGCUCGACGAGUUGGCUAAGGAAUUGAAAGCAGCAGGUUAUGUUCCAACCACAGACUUUGUGUUGUUUGACAUAGAAGAGGAGGAGAAGGAGCACUUCCUUGGUUGUCACAGUGAGAAGCUGGCCAUUGCAUUUGGUCUCAUAAGCACUGCUCCUAAAGAUACAAUUCGAGUUGUGAAGAACCUUCGUGUAUGCGGUGAUUGCCAUGAGGCCAUCAAGCUCAUCUCAAAGAUUACAGAGAGACAGAUCAUUAUCCGGGAUAACAACCGAUUUCAUUGUUUCAUUGAUGGUUCUUGUUCAUGUAAAGAUUAUUGGUGAAGUUUGAUUAAAAAACCCAAUUUUGAUACCAGCCCCUUGGUGCCAAUAAUCUCGAAGAUGAUUAACAUGUUUACUUGUAUGCUUAACCAGUGUGAAGUGCCGUCCUAAUUUAACCCGCGUCUGCUAUUAAUCAGAGGUUAAAUCAAACUCAAAAUCCGAUAUUUGGGUUGCUAAUGAGAAAACUAAACUACAGAAAGACUAAACAUUCAAUGUCGUAGCUCAUCACACACGUCAUGGAAGUUGACAGCUGAGGGCCCACACAUGACAAUGGAAACGCUGCUAUUAGCACAGCGUUUUCUUAUGAGUGAGUGAUGAAUGAUGGUGAUAAGAUCAAAAAUCAAAUAGCGCCAGAACCACCACAUCUAUAUAAUAAAGACAUCACCCAAGGGGAAAGUCUUUGAAAACAAAACAAAGACCACUCCAAGUCAGCCAGAAACGACGUCGGUCUACUAAGACAAGGCAACGAUAUAAUCGGAUGUCAUUUUCUCUCUCCUCUUCGGGAUUAACACACACGCUCGCGCAGUCACGAAUGGUUGUGUCUUCUGAAAGCUGCGUUGCAAUUUCCGCUCCACUUUCUUAAAACAGUUUUUCUCAGUAACCAAACAGAGAUAACAUGCCAUACAGAUAAUAUUCAGUAUUCACUGUAUCAAAAAAAAAAAAAAA